CACACCGAACUUUUCUAAAGGAAAACAUCUACACUAGACAGGCUAAAUUUUGCAAAACAAGAGCAGCAGCAACAAAGAGAAAAGAUGAUGGCAUUCAGGGCAGCCACGAUGAUAUCAGCAAUCUUGGCUGCAAUUCUGGUGAUGGGUUGUGAAGCAGGUGGUGGAAUUUCAAUCUACUGGGGACAGAAUGGGAACGAGGGCACCUUGGCCGAGACUUGCGCCACAGGCAACUAUCACUAUGUCAACAUAGCUUUUCUGGCUGCAUUUGGCAACGGGCAGCCACCGGUGAUCAACCUUGCAGGUCACUGUGAUCCAACCAACAGUGGCUGUGCUGGUCUAACUUCUGACAUCAAGUCAUGUCAAGCUAAAGGGGUCAAGGUCCUGCUGUCAAUCGGUGGAGGAGCUGGAGGUUACUACCUUGCAUCCAAACAAGAUGCAGAGCAGGUUGCAACUUAUCUCUGGGACAACUUCUUCGGUGGCUCUUCUUCUGCCAGACCGUUUGGUCCGGCUGUGCUCGAUGGGGUUGACUUCGAUAUCGAAGGAGGAACAAACCUGCACUGGGAUGAUUUGGCCAGGUUUCUGAAAUCCCACGACGAAAAGAUCAUACUAACAGCUGCUCCACAGUGCCCAUUCCCUGACGCUUGGAUAGGGAGUGCACUUGAGAGUGGACUGUUUGACUAUGUUUGGGUUCAGUUCUACAACAACGCUCCUUGCCAGUACUCUUCUGGGAGUGUCAAAAACCUUGAAGAUGCUUGGAAGCAAUGGACUUCAGCCAUUCCUGCAAAGAAGAUCUUCCUGGGACUGCCUGCUGCUCCUGAUGCAGCUGGGAGCGGAUUUAUCCCUGUUAACGACCUCGAAUCUCAGGUGCUACCUGCAAUCAAGAACAGUUCCAAGUAUGGUGGUGUGAUGCUGUGGUCAAAAUACUAUGAUGAUCAAACUGGCUACAGCAAAUCCAUUAAGAACUCGGUCUAAGUUACAUGUUGAGUGCAUCCCUUUUGGUCAUCAACUCAUAUUUACUACCCUUAUGUGAAUAGUUUGUGAGAAUGCACAUUGUCUGAAUGUAUUUAUCGAGUGUUUCCACAGUUCUAUGUACAAAAAGUUUCUUGUUGUGGUAUAUGAUCUCUUGCUCUUGGUAUUGUGUGCUUGACUGAUUGCUAGCCAACCGAACCAGAAGAAUCUGAUACCGUUCUUUCCUUCAGAUCAUCACUUAGGCUGCUAUGUGCCGUCCGAAUCAGAAAGCAUCUGUUCACUGCACACAUUAUUAUAUUAAUAUUUAUCAGCAGAAGAAAGAUUCCCGUCGCCAUCUCAAGUCUUUCUAGUUUUGUGUUAACAGCAUUUCCAAGGCCAUGAUGUCUCCAACGAAUUCAUGCAACGCAAACUCAAAGUUGCUGACUUUCAAUAACGACAAGCAUUUGGA